AAUCCGCUGGUUUUCUUUCAAGAGGUUUUUGGAUUUUGUGGUGUCGAAGCUCAGCUGUUCGUGUCUCCCUCUCUCCUCUCUCUCUCUCUCUGACAUUUCCACAAACUACAUUAAAGCAGUCACGGAGGAUUUUAAUUUUCUCUUCGCAUUUCGUUUUCGUCACACGAACUUGUCGUUUCUCCCAAGUUCUUAUUCUCAUUUCGUCUGAUUCUCGUAUGGACCUUCCUUCACUGGACCGUUAAAGACCAGCAACAGACGAUCUCGACUCAAUUUCUAGGGUUUCUACUUUUCGGAGGCUUUUAGCUACUGCGGUCUUCGUUGGAGUUCUUCGAGCUCGAUAACCCAAAAGAUGGAGGGCAAGUUGGUGGUUUUUUUUUGACGACAUCUAUUCAGCUCUGAGAUCUUAAAGUCUGACCAUUCGGAUGCUGAAAGGUCUGGAUCUGGUAAUGCCUUGAAAUUAAGUGGAAAUGUGAUGCCUUGUUUGAUAUUGAUUCUCUGACCCAGACUGAGGGUUUUAGAUGGUGAGAACUCGAAAUGUUGGGAGGUUAAGUGGCUGAGCUGGGAAUUCAAGUUCUACUCUGGUUUUUAGAGGGAUUUUGUGUAAUUUCGCAGGUUACAGAUCUGUAAAUGGUGAAAAGUUAAGAUGGAAUUGGUUUUGAGAAGUUUUCCGGUUGAAAUUUGCUUUUUCUCAAGGGAGGGUGGUUUUGUUAGUAUUUGGAAGGGCCUUUAGAUCUGAAAAUGGUGGAGGAUUGAAUUUCUGGGUGUCUCAGAGACUCCGCGACUUUGUUAUAGUUCUACUUUAAAGAGGUGGAGUUACUCUGAGGGAUAUAUAUGUUAAAAGGGAGAUGAUUGAUCAAUUCAUCAAUUUUGUCAUUCGACCUCCAAGGGCAGAGUAUAAUCCAGAUCAGUACUUAUGGGAAGCAGAUUUCACUCUUGCAGGCAGAAAAUACAAGAGACAAGACUUGGAGCAGCUCGUGAAUGGAAGGGGUCAUACAUUGCAAUGCAGUCAUUAUGUGCCAUCACCUUUCCCAGAAGAUACACCUCUUCCUUGUGUUAUAUACUGCCAUGGAAAUAGUGGAUGCCGAGCUGAUGCAAAUGAGGCUGCUGUUAUCCUUCUUCCUUCAAAUAUUACUGUCUUCACUCUUGAUUUUUCGGGUUCAGGCUUGUCUGGUGGUGAAUAUGUCAGCCUUGGUUGGCAUGAGAAAGAUGAUCUUAAAGUUGUUGUGUCUUACCUAAGAAGCAACAAGCAGAUUUCAUGUAUAGGUCUUUGGGGACGAUCAAUGGGUGCAGUCACAAGCCUUCUUUAUGGUGCUGAAGACCCCUCCAUAGCUGGAAUGGUGUUGGACAGUGCCUUCUCCAACUUGUUUGAUCUGAUGAUGGAACUUGUAGAUGUUUACAAAAUCAGGCUUCCUAAGUUCACAGUUAAAAUGGCUGUCCAGUAUAUGCGACGUGUCAUUCAAAAGAAGGCAAAGUUUGACAUCAUGGACCUUAACUGUACAAAGGUGGGACCUAAAACUUAUAUACCAGCUCUAUUUGGCCAUGCUGCUGAGGAUGUAUUUAUUCAGCCCCACCAUUCUGAAAUCAUCUUCAAAUCCUAUGCGGGAGAUAAAAAUAUUAUUAAAUUUGAUGGUGAUCAUAACUCUCCACGACCACAAUUUUACUAUGAUUCAGUCUCCAUUUUCUUCUACAAUGUCCUUCAUCCGCCUCAAGUUUCUUCUGCAUAUUCAAGCAAGCUUGAGAAGUACUAUGAUUUGGGGGACCUGAAGGUUGGUGCUGGUAUGGAUGAGAGCCUCCUAUAUGAGAUUAUUGCUGGUCUUCGUAAUGUGGGUACUGAGGCUGCCAGCUCAUCAUCAGCUCCUCCUAGUAUUUCUACUACAAAAUCUAUAGGAGAAUUUCUUUCUGAAAUUGCACCGGUUGCAAAUGUCUUGAUUCAGGAUUCCCUGCUGGUUGAAGAUAAUAUGACUAAUGAUUUUGAUAGGGUCAAUGAUGAUGAAUCACGACACUUGCAGGAUAAGACAAGUGGGCAGAAUGAGGAAUGCUGCUCAUAUUCAAGUUCAAAUCGAGAAAGUUGGGGAAGAUGCUCUUCUCUAGGAGGCAGUGAAGAGGAAUCGUCUUCCGCAGAUUGCACCGGGAAUGCUAACAACAAACAUCUGAUGACCUUGAAAGCACUUGCAACACCUCUUAGAAGAAUACAAAGAAAAUCAUCAGAAAUGCGGAAGGAGAAGAAGGUUCAAACCGCUCCAAAGAAGCCCAAGCGUGAGAAGUUUGAGAAGUUGGAGGCUUUAAGCCAGCGUAUACGGCUUUGCAUUCUAAGGCGGGUUAAGCAUAGAAGGCAUCGUUCCUCGUGACUGCCUUUGUACCAUAAAAUUUGUAACUGUAAUUGUUUUCAUUUUUCUUGUCUCUACCUCUUGUAACCCCCUCCCCCUCUCAUUCUUGAAGGAAACAAUAGGGAUUGCUUUUGAUUGUAUUCAAGGGGGAACCCAUGGUGCUGUGUAUGUGUUUCUCAAUAUUUACUUGUGUUAAGGGAAAAUGUUGGCAUUUCCUAUGCCGUUAAAGGAAGUGUUUGACAUGCGGCUGUAUUGGCAUUGUAUUUGCCUGGUAGGGCCCUGAUUGCGUUAAAACAUGUCCAAAAACAUUGCCACUACUAGAAUUAGUGAUUGUCGUUUAGUGGUUGUAAUAUACAAUGAAUGCUGCGGGACUGAUCUUUGGUUUCUUUGAUA